AUGUCUCAACGAACUCGAGCGGUCAUAAAAGCAAUGUCACCCUGCAUGCACGCAAUUGUCUUUCCGUGGGCGCUACGGAGUAGUACGUGCCUCCCCCCUGACGACAUACUUUCCUUCCGGCGCUAUGACCGGGAUUUGGAUCUCCUUCGUGAUGUUCAAACCACCUUUCUGCAGAGGGCGCUCUUUAUCGACGAUGCCAGCGUUCUCGCAGAGGUCGGAAUCCUUAUCAAUAACAAGAGAGGCAGAAUUUCACUUGAUGAUAGUCAGCAGGAAGCCUUCUUCAACCGGUCCGGAGAGCAGACCGCCGGGCGUUGA